UGACCUCAGGGUGUUUGGUACGAAAUGUCUAAAUGGCCCUCCGUAGAAGGUGCGGAGAAGGAGAUUCGGCGAGAACCUUGUGCGACACGCUCGAUCAGGAAAAGACCACUGGAAUUUAGGGAAAUUGUCCUGCGCUCGACUCGACUUCAUCCAAAUAAUUUGACUUCGCGCCUCCCAUCGGCUCGCCUUGCGCUUCAUUCUCACACAGCGCUGUCGUUCUGGCGCCUGGCGUAUCAGUGUGGAUUGGCGUUCGAUCGAAGCUAUAGACCAUCGUGACUGCUCGGCUUCAAGUUAGUCUGGCUGUCACUGUCUCUUCGCGCCAUACUUGACACUGUCCUUCCUCUCCUUCUCCACACCUCCACCUUAGCCGCCGCCGACGGCUUGCUUGAUGCUUUUGAGAAGAGACGCUAUACACUUGGAGUCUGUGUCAUUUUCCUGAGAAUGGCGACAGACUCGAAGCGCCAGAAUGCAGGAGCAAGAGUACCGGUCGCCUUGCCGAAAGGUGAGCCUGUGCAACCGGCUGCGUCCCCUGUGCCUCUGGACAUCGCCCUGCAACAAGUCAUCGGAAGCAGAAUACGUGUGACGACCGGUGCACCGAGUCAGGUAUCCGUCGAGGGCACUGUCUACACGGCCGACCCUUUGACCAGCCUGCUCGUCCUCAAUACGACUUCAGUUCCUUCAAACGGUACUACAUCGACCUCUCUCGUGGCCCCUACAGGAUCGUAUCGAUUUCUUCCAAUCUCACAGAUCACCGGCUUCCAGGUCCUUUCUCUUCCUCAGCAGCCUACCGAGAUAACUAACCCUGCUCUUAACACGAUCGAUACCAAUGCCGUACAGGCUCGCUUGGCAAGAAACAUCUCUGCGCAACAGACUGCUCAAGCCCGGUUGGGACCAAAGGGAACUACACCUACAGACCAGGCCCUUUUUGAUGCGCUCUCGAGAACACAUCCGGCGCGCUGGGUUGGCAACGUCAUGCUCAUUUCGGACACAUACUUGAUUGAAAAGCCUUACACUGCGGCAAAUGUCAAGCUCUCUGAGGGCUUGCACGGAGACAUCGACCGCAUGAGAAAGGUGGUGGACAUGGAACGGUCCAAGGUCACAUUGAAGCUGUCCAAGAAUUUGAUCGAUGGCAAGAUGGCUGCUGACAAUCUGGGAAAGGCAACUACAGGAGGCAUCAAGAAAGGUGGUUGAACAAUCACUCAAGGGUACUGCGGUGAUAGUCGACCGAAAAUCUGACAACUUGACUGACCUCAAGUCAUCUGGGUCAAGAGACACGUGCACUCAAGUCGGCGGAAAUCUUGGGAGAAAUACAGAACAGGAGGCCAACCUACUUGGAGACUGGGGUGGGUUAUUUAGAGACAGUAAGACUACUGUCUAAGCAAACGUGGCUUGUUCGGUAUGUAUCUUGUUAUUGUAUCAAUGGGGUACAUACUCGCAACAUCUUCUUCCAUGGCAUCAUGGACGAAGAGGCGAGAAUUAACUAGAUACAAAAGUAUCAAUCCCCUGGAUCGUCUCGAGAGAUAUUACGCACUGCUCAUUCCAAGCGUUUUGGUGCCCGGACUAGGCAAUAGAAAUAAAUACCAGUAAUCGGGGUAAAACGCUACAGAGAUGUACAGAAAUGCCGCAGAUACUUCAAGCGUCAGGUGCCU